GCCACCAGCGCGGCCUCCGACGCCCCGUCCCUCAGGAUGUCCCAGCUGUCCUCCACCUUGAAGCGCUAUGUCGGCUCGUCCCGCUACUCUGAUAGCUCCUACAGCAAGUCCCCCUCCAGCUACGGCGCCUACUCCUCCUACUCCUCCUACACCUCCAACCUGUCCUCCUCGUACCCGGACAAGGAGAAAAUCGGCUACAAGCCCGGCACGACCUCCAGCUACUUGACCUCCAGUCACUUGAGGACUUCGGGGGCGACCACCUCCCCCUCCUCUUCCCUGAACUACGAUGGGGGCGGGCGCCUGCUCCAGCGGCCCGACUCUGGCACUCGGUUGAGCCCCAGUUACGUCCGGGUCCCGGUGAGGCCCCCCGGCAGCGGAGGGCUGAGUGGCGGGGGGCGCCAGCCCCCUCGCGCCCCGCGCUCCACACGCACCAUGCUGGGCCGCAAGAAGUCCAGCAGCCAUUCGGACCUGGCACGGGACUUGUCCGGCAUGCAUCUGUCCGACUCGUACCGAGUCGACUCCACCACCCGCAGCCCCCUGAUCGCCCGGAACCGGACGGAGCUGAGCGCCCUGCAGGGGUUCUACCAGCAGCCCAGCAGGCACUCGGAUUACGUCAAAGAUUAUUUGGAGUCCUGCAACCGCAAGGGGGGGCGCUCGCCGGUCAGCUUGUACGGCAACAACCCCGACGUCAUCACCCCCACCCUGCGGCCUAUCAGCAAUUGCUCCCUCCAGCAGUGGGAACGGACGGAGAGUCGGACGGACAUCACGGCCCGGGAGCCUUCG